AUGGCGCGACGAUUAUUCGUAUUUUGUGGUGUUGAUUUUUAUUUUCUGAAAACUACUGAAGAUUUUGUUUGGAUUUUUGCAAUUAAUUUUUUUCCUUUGAAAGUUCGACGUUUUAGUUGAGCUGCUGUGUAAAUAUGCCUCUCGUUCAAGAAGCUAAGCUGCUGUCAAGAUUUAUUGGUCAACGCACCAGAGGAUUGUAAGUAUAAAUUUUAAAUUAAUUUUAUUGCAUACUGUCAUCAUCUAAUAUUUUGUAUUUUAAAAUAAUUUGGCAUAUAAGGGCAGGUGCAACUGCAAAAGGACACGAAGUCCCAUACAAGGUAGACACCGAAAAAUACAAGGGAGUUCCAAUUUUUAUCCUAUUAAAGGGGAGUGCUGGACCAAUUAAUAGGGGGGGGGGCUGACUGGAAAGUUUUGAAAUUCUGCAGCCAAUAUUUCAAAAAUUUAAUAGUGAAUAUAUAAAAAGCAUCAAAAUUGCAUGCCCGAUAUCUCAGUUGGGGGAUGCCUACAUUAAACGACCUUAAAUGGAAUGACCCGUUUAUAAUGGUUGACCGGGCUAAGCCAAUGGCUGAGAUCUUUAGAAAAGUGAGAUUGAGGCAGUGAAUGUUUCGUCACACUUGUUACUGUUGAUGCAAUGGAAGUGCUGAUAAAAUAUUGCACCAGUUCCUUUCCUCAAGUUGAUCAAUUCAUUUGAUAGAAAAUUGAUCAACUUCCUGUUACUUUUAGAUGAGCCAAUUAGAUUUCGUUUCAGAAUCGAUUGACCAAUAGGAAACGCACAGGAGGUGAAACGAAAUUUGAAUUCGUAUGAAUUGAUCAACUUGAGGAAAUGAAUUCAUACAAUAUUUUAUCAACACUUCCAUUGCAUUGACAGUAAUGGAGGUCGACAGAUUGCAGCUAGAGAUAAAAGUACAGAGAUGCUGCCUUUUAGACCAACCAAAACUUCCUUGCAAUCUCCAUGACGUUUUCUCAUUUUUGCUUGUCAGCCUGUCUUGCUAACCAGGGCAUUCCACUGCCAUAAAAACACCCCUUUCAGAACGACCAUGUUUGACUUGACUUUAUUCAGAGUGAACUUAACUAGAAACUAACAUUGACAUAAACUUUUGCAGGGGUUCAACAGCAUUUGGUUGGGGUGGAGCAGCCGGGGCUGUGUUACUUUACCUUACUGAUUGGAAACUUGUUAUGCAGUAUGUGCCGUUUGUUAACAAGAAAUUUGAUCAUGAAAUACCAGCAUAAUUUGAUGAAGGUUUGUGAUUACAUUUUCAUUGAAAAAUAAUCUUCGUUACUGCCAUUGCAACCAUCUUUAAACUAUUUUGUACUUUGUAUUUAAUAUGACAUUUUCCAACUGUUGUUCACAUUGUUUUUCAUUUUCUUAGACUGUAACGAGGUUGAAAGAUUUUGGAAGAGAAGUACAACAAUAUGAAGACAGAGAUAGCGCUAUUUAA